CUAUUAACGUCACACCUGUACUCAAACAUUGAAUCAAUUAGUAGUACCGCACGCAAACCCACACACAUUGUAUUCAGUUUAUUCACCAAAAGAAACAAAACAACAACACACGUUGAAGAGAGGAAUUAAGACAGAGACAGAGUAGUAGUGAACGAAAUGCAAGGCGCAGGGAUAACCUUUGUAAUGGUUGUGGCACAGGUCUUGAGUGUGGGUUUGAACACUCUCAUCAAAGCAUCAAUGUCCAAAGGGAUGAGCAUUUUUGUUUAUGUUGCGUAUUCAAACCUUCUCGGAUUCUGUUUUCUGCUCCUAGCCACCACAAUUCGUCACAGAAACAGAGCUCCCACACCGAUCAAUAAUUCCAUACUCUUCAGAAUUUUUGUUCUUGGCUUGCUCAGCGUUACCAUACAGACGCUUAUUUAUACUGGACUUGGGUAUAGUUCUCCCACUCUGACGUCAACCAUGGAGGAUAUUGUUCCAGCUUAUACUUUCAUAAUUGCCAUUAUUUGCAGGAUGGAAAGGUUGGAUCUAAAACUACAAAGCUGCCAAGCAAAAUCCAUUGGAACUGUGGUCUCAAUUGCUGGAGCAUUAAUUAUGACCUUAUACAAGGGGUUGCCUAUGACAAUUGAUGUGAUGCCAAACAAUGUUUUUCUAUCAUCUCAACAGUCCAAAUGGCUACUAGGAGGAUUUCUCCUUGCAGUUGGUUGCUUCUGUGGUUCAGUCUCGCUAGUUAUUCAGACAUGGACUAUCAAAGACUACCCUGAGGAGCUAAUGCUGAUAACCAUUAGUUCCAGUUUUUCUGUUAUCCUAUCUUUCAUUGUCGCUUUCAUUGCAGAAGAAAAUCCUAAGGCAUGGAUACUUAAACUUGAUAUGGAGUUGGUGUGCAUAUUUUAUUCAGGCAUUGUUGUGAUGUCUACACGAAAUGUGGUGUAUGUAUGGGCGUGUCGAAAGAAGGGCCCUGUAUAUGUUGCCAUGUUCAGUCCUUUAGGGAUUGUCAUUGCACUUGCCAUGGGGAUUGUAUUUUUGGGAGAUGCUCUAUAUCUUGGAAGCAUCAUAGGAGCUGCUAUAAUAGCUAUUGGGUUUUACGCUGUAAUAUGGGGUCAGGCUCAACAAGAAACAAUGGCUUACGAAAAAUAUGGGACCAGUAGUAGCAUUAUCUCAUCAUCGCCUUCUUCUGAAGCCCCUCUAUUGCCGAACAAAAUCAAAGAUACAAGUUCUUUUGUAUGAUAGCAUGAAAAGUUUGAGGAUACUUUAUCCCAUGAUGGAUGCAUUACGGGACAACCGUGUGAAUUUCUGUCGAAAACAUUGUCUUUAGUAUUGGAGAAUUGAAACUGGCAGGUGGCAAGUUGUUAGCUAGGUUACUAAUUAACAAAUAUGUUUCCUUACCCUUGUCCUUUCUAUUUCCUGAAGAAAAUAUCUAUGGCAUAUAUCAUUCUCCUUCUAAUCUACCAAUAAACUAUUACUUGUCUUAUUCUCA